UCACAACCCAAAUCACUCACUCUUCCUCACGAACCUACCAACUCAAGCCUCUCUCGCUCUCUCUUUAUCCCCAACAAUGGCUGAGACCGUAGCUGUGAUGCCCAUCGACACAGUUCCUACAAAGAAAAGGAGCACCAGGAGGGGGGCUCUGAAGGAGAAAACCCCAUCGACCAACGAGGCCAACAUCUUAGCCGGAAAGGUCUCUCCGAGCCCGGUUCCACCACCACCUGCCAAUGACCCGGAAAAGGAGAACCACGAGAGCCUCUCUCAGCCGCGGACCUCGCCAAAGAAAGGCAAAGCGAGAGCCUCGAAGAAACAGACAAAACAGCUGCAGAAGCAACAACCGGAGCAAGAUUCUUUUGAGAAAGACUUGCUGGAAAUGCAAGAGAAACUACAGAAGUUAAGGCUUGAAAAGGAGAAGACUGAGGAGCUCUUGAAGGCCAAAGAUGAGAUUUUGAAGCAGAAGGAGGAAGAGCUUGAGACUAGAGGCCGUCAGCAGGAGAAGCUUCAGACUGAAUUGAAGAAGUUACAGAAGUUGAAGGAGUUCAAACCCACAGUGACUUUCCCCGCUGGUCAAUCUCUGAGAGACAAUGAACAGGACAAGAAAGAGAAGAAGAAGAAGGCAUGCCCUGAAAGGAAAAGGCCUUCUGCACCUUACAUUCUAUGGUGCAAAGAUCAAUGGGUUGAGAUCAAAAAAGAGAAUCCAGAGGCAGAGUUCAAAGACAUCUCAAACAUUUUGGGGGCAAAAUGGAAGAAUGUUACUGCAGAAGAGAAGAAGCCCUAUGAGGAGAAGUAUCAGGCUGAAAAGGAAGCUUAUUUGCAGGUAAUUGCUAAGGAGAAGCGUGAGACCGAAGCAAUGAAGCUCUUAGAGGAGGAGCACAAACAGAAAACUGCUAUGGAAUUGCUUGAACAGUAUCUCCAGUUCAAACAAGAAUCAGAAAAAGAAAACAAGAAGACCAAGAAAGAAAAGGAUCCAUUGAAACCUAAGCAUCCUAUGUCAGCAUUUUUCGUGUUCACAAAUGAGAGGCGGGCUGCUUUGCAUGCAGAGAAAAAGAGUGUUUCAGAGAUUGCAAAGAUCACUGGUGAAGAGUGGAAAAACAUGACAGAAGAACAAAAAGGCCCUUAUGAAGAGAUUGCAAAGAAGAACAAGGAGAAGUAUUUGCAAGAAAUGGAGGCUUACAAUCAAAUGAAGGAUGAAGAAACUGCCAGUCUCAGAAAGGAAGAGGAAGAGCAGAUGAAACUUCAGAAGCAGGAGGCCUUGCAGCUUCUCAAGAAGAAGGAGAAAACUGAAAAUAUAAUCAAGAAAACGAAAGUGGAUCGCCAGAAGAAGAAGCAACAGAAGGAAGAAAAGAAGAAUUCUGACCCUAACAAGCCUAAGAGGCCUGCAUCCUCAUUCAUUUUAUUCAGCAAAGAUGCAAGGAAGACUUUAUUGGAGGAGAGACAAGGGAUCAACAACUCUACCCUCAAUGCACUAAUUUCAGUGAAGUGGAAGGAACUGAGUGAAGAAGAGAAAAAGGCUUGGAAUGACAAAGCUGCUGAAGCUAUGGAGGCGUACAAGAAGGAAUUGGAGGAGUACAACAAAUCUGUUGCUUCAACCUUGGAGAAAGUAGAUAGUUGAUGUUCAAGCGUUAAAUUUUGAACAUCUGGAUUUUGGCUAUCAGUUUGAUAGCCUAAUCAGUGAUUUUUUAGUAUUGGUGUAUUUAACCCAAUGAUAUGGCAGCUUUAUUUUCUCAAUCUGAAUAAAAAUUCAAAUAUUUAUUUGAUCCA